GGUGUCCCUCCGUAGACGGAAGCCGAGGAGGGACGGGGGAGCCGGGGAGGUUGGAGCGGCGCGAUGGGGGACUCCAAAGUGAAGGUGGCGGUGCGCGUCCGCCCCAUGAACCGGCGAGAGCUUGAUCUGCAUACAAAAUGUGUGGUGGAUGUGGAUGCAAACAAGGUUAUUCUUCAUCCUGUAAACACCAACCUUUCAAAAGGAGAUGCCAGUAGGACGCAACCAAAGGUGUUUGCUUAUGAUCACUGCUUUUGGUCUAUGGAUGAAUCUGUCAAAGAAAAAUAUGCAGGUCAAGAUGUUGUUUUCAAGUGCCUUGGUGAGAAUAUUCUUCAGAAUGCCUUUGAAGGCUAUAAUGCUUGCAUCUUUGCCUACGGGCAAACUGGAUCUGGAAAAUCGUAUACAAUGAUGGGUACCGCUGACCAGCCUGGAUUAAUCCCUAGACUUUGCAGUGGACUCUUUGAAAGAGCACAGAAAGAGGAAAAUGAAGAGCAGAGUUUCAAAGUGGAAGUAUCCUACAUGGAGAUAUACAAUGAGAAAGUCAGAGAUCUUCUUGACCCAAAAGGAAGUCGUCAGUCAUUAAAAGUUAGAGAACACAGUGUUUAUGGUCCUUACGUAGAUGGCCUAUCCAAACUAGCUGUUGCUAGCUACAAGGACAUCGAGUCCUUGAUGUCUGAGGGCAACAAAUCUCGAACAGUAGCUGCAACCAACAUGAAUGAAGAGAGCAGUCGGUCCCAUGCAGUCUUCAAGAUUAUCCUCACGCACACACUCUAUGAUGUACAAUCAGGGACAUCAGGUGAGAAGGUGGGCAAGCUGAGUCUGGUGGACUUAGCAGGUAGUGAAAGAGCUACUAAGACUGGUGCUGCAGGUGACAGGCUGAAAGAAGGAAGCAACAUUAACAAAUCCCUCACGACUCUCGGGCUAGUUAUUUCUGCCCUGGCAGAUCAGGCUGCUGGCAAAAACAAGAACAAAUUUGUUCCUUAUCGUGAUUCUGUGCUCACUUGGUUGCUUAAAGAUAGCCUUGGUGGCAACAGUAAGACUGCUAUGGUAGCAACAGUAAGCCCGGCAGCAGACAACUACGAUGAGACCCUUUCAACACUGAGGUAUGCAGACCGGGCCAAGAACAUCGUUAAUCAUGCUGUGGUGAACGAAGACCCCAACGCUCGCAUCAUUCGGGAGCUCCGUGAGGAAGUGGAGAAGCUGCGAGAACAGCUCACAAAAGCAGAGGCUAUGAAAUCACCAGAAUUAAAAGAACGGUUGGAGGAAUCAGAAAAGUUGAUACAGGAAAUGACUGUGACCUGGGAAGAAAAAUUAAGAAAAACUGAGGAGAUAGCACAGGAGCGUCAGAAACAAUUGGAAAGUCUUGGCAUAUCUCUUCAGUCUUCUGGAAUAAAAGUGGGGGAUAAUAAGUGCUUCCUGGUUAAUUUGAAUGCAGAUCCAGCUCUCAAUGAACUUCUGGUAUACUAUUUAAAGGAACACACAUUAAUAGGCUCAGACGACUCUCAAGAUAUCCAACUGUGUGGAAUGGGAAUUCUUCCUGAACACUGCAUCAUAGACAUCACUCCAGAAGGACAGGUUAUGUUAACACCUCAAAAAAACACUAGGACGUUCGUAAAUGGUUCUGCUGUCGUGUGCCCUAUCCAGCUACAUCACGGAGACAGAAUACUGUGGGGAAACAACCACUUUUUCAGGCUUAAUUUGCCAAAGAAGAAAAAGAAGAUGGAUCACGAGGAUGAAGAGCGAGACAGCUCUAUGAAGUGCAGUAAUAGUGUUGAGCAGCUGGACAUAGAUGGAGACAAUUCCAGUGAAGUGUCUAGUGAGAUUAACUUCAGCUAUGAAUAUGCUCAGAUGGAAGUCACUAUGAAGGCACUUGGUAGUAAUGACCCAAUGCAGUCCAUCUUGCAAAGCCUGGAGCAGCAACACCAGGAGGAGAAGAGAUCUGCACUUGAGCGCCAGAGACUGAUGUAUGAGCAUGAACUGGAGCAGUUACGAAGGCGGCUCUCGCCAGAGAAGCAACAUUUCCGCAGCAUGGACAGGUUCUCCUUUCAUUCUCCCAGCGCCCAGCAGCGCUUACGGCAGUGGGCAGAGGAGAGAGAAGAAAUGUUGACCCACAGCCUGAGAAAGCUGCGAGAACAGAUUGUUAAAGCCAAUUUGUAUGUGAGAGAAGCCAAUUUUAUUGGAGAGGAACUGGACAAGAGGACAGAGUAUAAAGUUACCCUUCAGAUCCCAGCUUCAAGCCUUAAUGCUAACACUAAGAGAGGUGCAAUUCUCAGCGAGCCCGCUAUUCAGGUGAGAAGAAAAGGGAAAGGCAAACAGAUUUGGUCACUGGAAAAGCUUGAGAAUCGAUUGGUAGAUAUGAGGGAUCUUUACCAGGAGUGGAAAGACUGUGAGGAAGACAACCCGGUGAUGAGAGCUUACUUCAGGCGAGCUGAUCCAUUCUACGAUGAGCAGGAAAACCACAGUCUUAUCGGAGUAGCCAAUGUUUUUCUCGAGUGCCUGUUCUACGACGUGAAACUACAGUAUGCUGUUCCAAUCAUCAACCAGAAGGGAGAGGUAUCGGGUCGUCUUCAUGUUGAAGUUUUUCGAGUGAGUGGUGAGAUAGAUGACAGGCUGGUGGGAGGUGAGGAUAGUCCAGACUAUUCAAAUGAAAAUGACACUCAGGAGAGAAAACUUGUCUGCAGGAUUAAAAUACUUCAGGCUACAGGUUUGCCACAGCACCUCUCCAACUUUGUGUUCUGCAAAUAUACAUUCUGGGAUCAAGUGGAGCCAGUUACUGUUGCACCUGAGGUGGACUCUUCCUUAUCUCCCAUCAGCAAGGAGCCACGGUGUAUGGUUGUCUUCGAUGAUUGCAAUGAAGUUUCUGUAAAUAUUUCUGAAGAUUUCAUGGAACAUCUUUAUGAUGGUGCUUUGGCAAUUGAAGUAUAUGGGCACAAGCAGAGUGGUGACCGCAAAAAUCCAGCCUUGUGGGAUUUGGGAAUAAUUCAAGCCAAAACACGAAGCCUUCGUGACAGAUGGAGUGAAGUAACCCGCAAAUUAGAGCUCUGGGUUCAAAUUCUAGAGCUAAAUGAGAAUGGAGAAUACUGCCCAGUUGAGGUGACUCCAGCCAAGGAUGUAUGCACAGGGGGCAUCUUCCAGCUCAGGCAGGGGCAAUCUCGACGAAUUCAGGUUGAAGUAAGAUCUGUACAGGAAUCUGGGACUUUGCCACUGAUGGAGGAAUCCAUAUUAUCUGUUGGCAUUGGCUGUGUUCAAAUAAAACACGUCAAGUCACAGAAAGUACCUGAAAACUAUCAGGAAGAAGAGGAUGAAAUGGACAGCUAUCAGGACAGGGAUUUGGAGAGGCUCCGUCGGAAGUGGCUCUGUGCCUUAACAAAGCGUCAAGAGUAUCUCGAUCAACAAUUGCAAAAACUCGUUGGGAAGCCUGAUAAAACAGAAGAUGAUGCAGAUCGGGAAGCACAGCUUUUAGAGAUGAGACUGACGCUCACUGAAGAAAGGAAUGCUGUUAUGGUUCCUUCAGCUGGCAGUGGGAUCCCUGGAGCUCCAGCAGAAUGGACUCCUGUGCCUGGUAUGGAGACUCACAUUCCUGUUAUUUUCCUUGACUUGAAUGCUGAUGACUUCAGUUCCCAAGAUAACCUUGAUGACCCAGAAGCGGGCGGGUGGGAUGCUACUCUUGUUGCAGAAGAAGAAGAGGAAUUCUUCGAACUGCAGAUUGUGAAGCAUCAUGAUAGUGAGGUGAAAGCAGAAGCCUCAUGGGAUUCCACAGUCCACGACUGUAUCCAGCUCAGUAAAGGAACAGCAGCAGAUGAAAGAGUUUACCUUAUCGUGAGAGCCACUGUCCAGCUCAGCCACCCUGCAGAAAUGCAAUUAGUGUUACGCAAGCGCAUUUGUGUCAAUGUGUAUGGCAGACAGGGUUUUGCACAGAGCUUCCUCCGAAGAAUGUCUCACCGAAGUUCCAUUCCUGGCUGUGGCGUCACUUUUGAGAUAGUCUCAAAUAUUCCAGAGGAUGCUCAAGGAGCUGAAGAGCGUGAGGCACUAGCCAGAAUGGCAGCAAACGUUGAAGAUGCAGCUUCGGCUGACUCCGAAGCCUAUAUUGAGAAGUACUUGAGGAGUGUGCUCGCUGUGGAGAACAUUCUCACCUUGGACCGUCUGCGCCAGGAAGUUGCUGUAAAAGAGCAGCUGAUGGGAAAAGGAAAGCUCUACCGCAGGAGCCUGAGCUCUCCCAACGUGAAUCGGCUUUCUGGAAGCCGCCAAGAUUUAGCACUCCCUUAUAACCUGAGCAGUAACCGGAGUCCAAAGGUCCAAACAGAGGGCCGAUGGGAGAGUCAGCAAGAUGUAUCCCAAGGUGCCACAAAUUCCAGUAGAGGCAUUAGUCCAUCUCGUACCUCCCUGCCGGGCUCUGCUCAGCAAAACCACUCUCCUGAUGCAGGUAUUGGUAGCCUUGCUGCUUCCUACCUGAAUCCUGUAAAGUCCUUUGUGCCUCAGAUGCCAAAGCUGCUGAAGUCUCUCUUUCCUGUUAGAGAUGAGAAGAAGGGCAGGCAGACCUCUCCUCUUGCACAGCAGGCUGUCCCAAGAAUUAUGGUUCAGUCUGCCAGUAUGGAUGCCAGUGCUGCAAGGAUAAAACAGGUUAACCAAGAGGAAGUAGGGAAACAGCCAUUCGAAACUGCAGUGCAGAGGUCUGUGGCAGACAAGAGUCCAGAGAAGACACCCAAAGUGCCUUUGCAGCAGCCCACAGGAGACAUCCAGGCUCAGGACUCCCAGGAAGGACCCCCAAGUCCUCUGAGCGAAGCCUCCAGUGGAUACUUUUCUCAUAGUGUCUCAACAGCCACCCUCUCUGAAGCCCUUGCAGCUGGAAGUGAUGCUGUGGCUCAGCCAGGAGGGCAAAUGCCUGCAGUGAGUGACUUCCCAGCUCCCACCGUGGCUCAAGUCUCUUCUCCUGACAUGCCAGGGCACUCAGAGAGUUCUUUAGAAAGCUGCCUCAGUGCUAAAAGAGACAGUCCAUCCACCUUCAGCCUUCAAAGUGCUCACGCAAGACCUAAAGACGGCAUCGAAGUGAAUGGAAAUGAUGCUUUGAAAUCAAAGUCUUGUCCAUCUCCUGUGACUCUAAGUGAACAGGCAAAUGAUGCCUCUGUAGCCACAGAUGCAAAAACCUUUAUUUCUACCUCCACUCCAAAGAAGGAGUCAUCACCCAAACAAUCAAUGGAGCCAGCAGGACAAGCUAGGAAAAAAGAAGUGGCUUCAGGGGCUUCAGAGCUGGGGUUUCCCAAACCACAGAGUCGUCCUGACCAAUUGUCCCAGCCUGGCGUUGCAGCCUCCCCCUUCAAAAUCCAGAAAGUCAAGACAUCAGAGCUGAAGUCCUUUACAAGCAUGCUGGGGACAGAUCCCCCGUGUUCACUCAACACAGAAGAGCAGCAAGAAGGAGAAAAGAGCACAUCCACUGCCCGUGGACUGAACCAUAAUGGAUCAGAGAUGGCAGAGGAAAAGCUGGAGGUGAUUUCUGACUCGGAAGAUGCCAAUGAAGUUCCUGAGUGGCUGAAAGAGGGAGAAUAUGUCACAGUUGGCGCAAAUAAGACAGGCACCGUGAGAUAUAUUGGGCCCACAGACUUUCAGGAGGGAACGUGGGUCGGUGUUGAGCUGGAUUUGCCUUCAGGUAAGAACGACGGCUCGAUUGGAGGGAAGCACUAUUUCAGAUGCAAUCCAGGCUAUGGAUUGCUCGUGAAACCGGGCAGAGUUAAAAGAGCCACGGGACCAGCGAGACGGCGGAGCACCGGCUUGAGGUUGCAAGGAGGAGCCGGCAGCGAGAACAGGAAGAGUGGCAACUUCUCUGGCUCAGCCUCCAACCUGGCCUCCCUCACAGCCCUGGCGAAAUCAGAAGGAGGAUCCCCACUGCGACCAGAGAAGAGCCAGAAAAACUUGGAAAACAGGAAAUCCUGGGCAAACUGAGCCCUUACCCACCGCAGGAAACGCCGUGCGACUCAGCCAGGGGAGCGGCGGGUCUUCUGGCUUCGGGAAGCUGAACCAACCAUGUGAACUCCUAGUAUGUGGCAAACACUAAUGAAGGUUUUUGGGUUUUCUCCCCUCAGCUUUGGGUGAUUGACAUGUUAAUUCUUUGCCUCGUCCCGGUGCUGGAUCGACAUCCUCCGUUUCCUGUUACAAAUUGUGACACCUGAGCAUCUGAGUGACAGCAGCUGGUGAAAGCUGUCAGCGGUGGGUGGGUGUGAGCUCUGCUCUCUUCCGCCUUUCAGAAAAGGAAGAGACAUGUGAAUUGUUCAAAUGGUGGCUUGGCUUUCCAAUAGCUGCAAAGUGCUACCCACGCACCAGUGCUUCUCUUGAGGUGACUGGCAAUUCUGAACCUAAACCCCACACCCCGCCCCCCAGAUAACAGAUCUUUUCUAAUUUCAUAAGAGCUGCGUCCAUAUCAUGUAAUGCACCGUGAGAAGGCAAAGGUAGAACAACUCCAGGCAGGCAGAGGGGCCAAUGUAAAACUUCACUUGGAAAUAAAGAACCUCCAAAACCCCUUUUAUUUAAAAAAGCGACAGCUCCCAGCUGUGUGACCUGGGACUGGUGCCCAUUGUGGUUUCUGUCCUGUUGUCCCCCUCUCCUGUGGAAAUUAGCAGAGUCUUUCUGGCUGACCUGUCGGGAGCAGCAGAAAGCCCAUGAUCCUCUCUGUAAUAUUUUUUGAUCCCAUCUUUUUGUGAAAGAGGGGAGUUGAGCCAUUUUGCUGUCUAAUCCAUUUAACGUGCGCUCUCACCAUGACAGGAUCCCCUUUCUGUUGCCCCAAAGUGUCGGGACCUUCUCAUUGGUUCUGCCCUGUAGGCGGAGAGGAUUUUUGGGGCGACGGCAGCACUUGCCGCGCUUUGAGAUUCCCUCUCAGUCUCUGGAGACACUCGGAUUCGUACCAGUCCUGCAAAGCAGAGAGUCGCCGCCCUCACAACAGGAUUAAUCCACCCUAUUUAUUUUUAUUUAUUCUUUGAAAAUGUGAGAUGUUUGCGCUUUACAAUCACCCAGCCCCCGAUGUUGCACAGAGGAGCUCUGCUCACACCCCACUAAGCGUCAAGCCAAAGAGGAGAGGUGCCUCCCUCGCUAGCCAAACCAUCCCCAAGAGUCCCCAGAAUUGAAAAUGAGGAGGUUUGGGCUGGCUUUUAUCAAACUCAGUUUUAUUUUUGGUAACCCUGGCUGACUUUUAACUGCCUGUGGCACAAAUGGUCUAUUCCUGUACCUACCUACGUGUGCACGUAUCGACGGACGCACACUCAUUUUCUAUCAAAUCCAGAAACGCCACAGCCUUUUAUAUUCUGAGCUGUUUGUAACUUGUUUAGUCAUCAUGGGGAUGGGGGUCGGAGGAGGUUGGAGAGCUUGAGCAACAGACGUUUUAUCUAUGUGGGGAAUGUUUAGGAUGCUAAAUUAAUGAUUAAACUUUAAUCCAGACGUUGUUGCCGCCCGUGCCGCACGCAGGUAUCGAAGUGCCUUAACCGUCUGGGUCAGAGGUCCGAGGGGAAGGUACAUUGUCACCAGAGGAGAUCAGGGUGCUGAGCGAAGGAGAUAAUUAUGCUGAUUUACUGUAAUUAAUAGCAUUUAUGCAGAAGGAAUAAAAUUAAAAUAGAAACUAAUCUGUAGCAGAAGUGGGACGGGUUACAAUGCAGCAUGCGUAGUACUGCGGGGGAUCUGUAGAUCCCUUCAGCUUUGUGUAACUAGAUUCAGUGUUUCCUAAAGAAAUCUUAAUAUAAAAUGUACAGAGCAGCUUUUAAAGAUAUUUUUAGUGUACAGGGUUUUUUUCCUCCGUCUUCCUUUGCACGAAGCUCCUGUCCGUUAAAGCCGAGACGAUGGGAGAAGUUUUUAGUCCUGACGGAUUGAGUCUGAAAUUGUACCUGGUUUUUAUAGAUGUCAUUCACACACCCAAACGUUUCGUGUCGGGGUAUAAUGAGUCCUGUUGAUGAAAGACCACCCACUAAUGAACGUGCUGCCUCUUAUACUGCCUUGGAAGUUUUCUUCUGUUAGUUUCUUCUAAUUGCACUUUGUUCUGAUGUGCUGCGGGAAGGGAGCUAAUGUGGAAUAGCUAGUGGGGUUCAGCCUCGGCAUUUUGUUUAGUGGAGUUAGGGAUGUCUUUAAAACUUCUUGGUGUUUGCUGGGUGGCCCCUUUGGGGGAGAGAUGAAGGGAAGAACCUGGCCAAAUCCUUUUUGAAGCCUCUCUUCUUGCCCUGCUGGUGCUGAGGACCAGAGCUCUGUGGGACCAGUGUGAAGGUAUUGAAGGCGCAGGAGUGCGAGGGUGAAGCAGAAGGUGGUUGGGUUUACAGCUGACUAUUUCUGCCACCCACUGUAAAUUCCGCUGGCUGUAUUUGUACGACAGCUCUCACCGCAGAAGGACGUAUUUCAGUGUUUGCCCAUCUGGGGGACAUGGUUGGAGGCUGCAACCGACUGAUAUCGGGUACAUUUCCUCCUCUACCCACCCUCGGUUAGGUUACAAGCCUUAUUUAGAGGGGUGGGGAAACAUGGUUUUAAGAGACUAUUCUUGCUGCUUCCUCUAAGAUAACUUCUCCUGAAAACAAAAUGUCUUAAAUUUGUCUGGUUUGUUUCCAGACACCAAUGGAUGAUGAGCACGAUGAAGGGGCUCUAUUAAGAGAGCACCUGUUGACUUUGGCAGAAGGAGGAUUUUACUCGUAGUGCGCUCAGUUUUUACCAUCUUGUUUGAUUUUUGAUACUAAAAUCUCACCUUAAAUCCCACCCCAAAACUGAAGCCAUUCUACCCAAACACCCCCCAGUGCAGCACAAGCUUCAGAAAGCCCAACGACUCAAACUGGGCCAUGAGUGUGUUUUUAGAGGGCUUCUCUGACUCCCCCUGAUCACCACAGCUGCUUCUGAAGAGAUUCUCCAAGAUUUUGGCACAGUGAGUGCACAUCCCUCUACUUAAAGCCAUCUGGUACUUUGCACCAGCUCAGCCAACUAACCAGAAAACAGUUUAAAACCAUAAUGAAGGUAAGAUAUACAUAUAUAUAUGAUCAUUGGUAAUGUUAACUCUACAGUUGGCACAAAGGAGAAGGUGCUCUUAACUGGAACUGCCCGGCAGCCAUGGCUGGUGUGGCAAUAGCUAUGCAUAUUUUCCAAGGUUUUCAUGCACUUUAUACAGGGAAGAAGAAUAUUUAAUGCAGGAACUGUCACUGUGUCCCAUCUCCCAUCUAGCUUGGCAGCAUGAGCUUCCUUUUUUGUAUCCCUGAACCGUGGAUAGGUCUCGGGUUCUGGGUGUAGAAAACUGUUGUGGUGGGAAAUGUGUCGAUGGGAAAUGAUGGUGCUGCAGCUCUGCAGGUGCCUGGGCUCUGACACAGGCUGCUGUUUGCCCCAAGCCAGCCAAGAGGAGGCUUUUCGGAGGGACUUUUUUGGGUUUUCUCAGACCAAGCCAAGCCUUUUUGCAGUGUUCUGUUUAGUGUUCUUAUGGUGUUUUGAUCUCUGUGUCCAACACAAUACCUUUUCAGUUUGAGGGCUUUUGCCCUUUGCUGUUUAAUAUGCAGUUUAGUUGAGGAAAAGUAAUAGAAAUGAGUUGUGUGUAGUAAUACUUAAGAGGAGAGUUUUGUCAAUGGUUGAGACAAAAGCCCCCUGGCGAGGUGGGAUGUUCUCUUUGCUCUCCUACAAACCAAGAGCCUCUUCUUGUUCCUCGUGAAAACCUGCAUGAAAGGAGGUUGGGUGCUGUACAGUCCCGUUUGCAUGUAGCACAGCUAUCCAUGAGUCUUUGAGACUGGUACUGCCAAUCUUUGCAGAAGAAAUUCCCUUCUUGCAGUGCCUUAUCCCUGGGUCGGGGGCUGAUUUUACAGCGGCCCAAGGCCACCUCCCUUUUAGGAAAGGAAGAUCGUGAUAAGUAAAGGUCACACUACAAAAUAUUCUAGAACUGGGAUCACAAAUGAGUGUCUUGUUCCUGGAUCUUCUUUAGCUGUCUUUGCUUUGGUUUCUGCCCUCUCAACUCCUCUCCUAAACCACCUGUGUGUUUUUCACUGGAAAGGCUCAGGAAGAGCCUUUCCCAACUCUUCUUUCUGUUGAUUUCUGUAAAUGUGGUGGGUCUGUAUAUAAAGAGUGGCUCUUUACGCUGUGGUAUCGUUCUGUGUUGAUCAGUGUACUUUAAAUGAGCUGAAAUCCAAAGAUACUUUGUAAUGACCUGUAAAGUUUUUAAUUAUUUCUGUACAAUACUAAAUUACUGUAAUAUUGUAUUAUACAUGCAAUGCAGCUGCAGUACCUAAAUAAACAUCUUCGUUAGA